GACGCGCCCGUGAUCUACGGGCUGGAGUUCCAGGCACGAACUCUAACACCUCAGAUGGCAGAAACAGAUGCAAUAAGAUUUUUGGUUGGGACGCAAUCUCUUAGAUAUGAUAAUCAGAUUCACAUCAUAGAUUUUGAUGAUGAAAAUAACAUUAUAAAUAAAAAUGUUCUCCUUCAUCAAGUGGGUGAAAUUUGGCACCUUAGUACCAGUCCUGCUGAUAAAGGUGUACUGGCAACAUGCUACAAUAAAAUUUCAGACAACAAAGUCAUCACAUACGCUGCAGUGUGGAGGAUGCCGAAGGAAUUGGAAUCAGGCAGCCACGAAUCCCCCGACGAUCCAUCAAGCAGCACUCAAGCCCUGGAGCUGCUCUGUCACCUUGACAACACAGCCCAUGGCAAUAUGGCCUGUGUUAUGUGGGAACCAAUGGGAGAUGGUAAAAAAAUUAUUUCACUGGCUGAUAAUAACAUAUUAUUGUGGGAUUUGCAAGAAAGCUCAACCAAAGCUGUGCUCUCCAGUUCUACCACCUUGGAAGGGAAGGGCCAAUUAAAAUUUACAUCAGGACGAUGGAGUCCUCACCACAAUUGCACGCAGAUUGCAACAGCCAACGACACUGUUAUUCGAGGAUGGGAUACACGAACCAUGAGGCAGAUAUAUUGCAUAGAAAAUGCCCAUGGACAGCUGGUCCGAGACCUAGACUUCAAUCCCAAUAAGCAGUACUACCUGGCUAGCUGCGGCGAUGACUUCAAGGCGAAAUUCUGGGACACGAGGAAUGUCACRGAGCCGGUGAAGUCGCUGGAUGAGCAUUUGCACUGGGUCUGGAGCGUCCGAUACAAUCAUUCCCACGACCAGCUGAUCCUGACAGCAAGCAGCGACAGCCGAGUUAUACUCUCCAACAUGGUAUCCAUUUCUUCUGAACCGUUUGGRCAUAUGGUAGAUGACGAUGAACUAAGUGACCAAGAGGACCACCAACAGGAAGAGAAGAUUUUUGUAUACAGGCCUUUCAGGAGUAAAGAGCCCCUUCAGGACAGUGUAAUAGCUACCUAUGAAGAACAUGAAGAUAGCGUAUAUGCAGUUGAAUGGUCAUCAGCAGACCCCUGGUUAUUUGCCUCUCUAAGUUAUGAUGGGAGACUUGUCAUUAACAGGGUUCCCAGAGCUCUUAAGUAUCACAUAUUGUUAUAAUUUGUUUUGACUACUGAUGAAAUUAUUGUCUUGAUGUACAGAAUUGGUAGGUAUUUUUUUAAGGAUUAUUUUCUGUUGCAGUUAAGUAUAAAUGAUAAAGACUGUAUCUGUACUAACGUAGAAACUUACUUUUCAGGUUUGGUCUUCUGUAUUUCUCUUGGAAAAUAUGAUAAGUUUUCUUAAGGUUGUGCUAGUUUUUUUUUUUAUAAUCACUUUGCAAUUGUGAGUUUUGGUGUUUCUCAAUAUAUUGGGCAUUUUAUGGCUGAUAAAUGAAUCAACUGACACAGUGAAUCAAUCUAAUGYAGUGAGUUACAGUGAUGUUAUUAUGCCAGUGUCAAGUUGGGAGAAGGUUGGGUGCAUGUAGCUGAAGUGAUCUACGCAUUUGCAAAAAUAAUGUUCUGUCUUCCUUCUUUUGUAUAUAAGCAGCCUUCUGUUCUUAGCUAGGGCCACAGUUUGUUAACUAUUCUGACACAUUCUGACUACAAAUACAGUUGGAAAUGGUCUCAAACACUUCCUUAAUUCACUCCAAUAUUUUAAACAAUGUUUCUCCCAUUUUGUCUAACAAAAAUGUCCUUUAUGAAGGAAAACUAUCCACUCUAAAUUUACUCUUCAUUUAAGCCUUAUAGGCUUAUAGGAAUGCUGUCCUGUAAUUCACAAAUUAAAUGCCUUUUUGUGCUGUAUGUUGUUAUUGGAAACUAUUCUCUUCCUUAAAAUCCCUGAUAUACUCUCCUGUAAUAUAUUACAGCAUAUUUAUAAAAUUUGGUUGUCCUGUGAUAUAUUUUGAGCUCUCCUGUAGCUACGCCAUUAUGAACCUGAAAAAUCUCUUYAGCAGUUGUAAGCAGCUCAUCCCUGUUCUCGUAGGCUCUGGACCCUUCUGCUUCUUGSCUACAUGAUGCAGUGGGUGUUCAGCUAUGCACAAUUUGUGUUUUGCUCUAGGCUUCUCUUUAGACCUGGCCUAGGCAUCAAUAGCUGUUCUGUGGAAGAACCUCUUUCCUGUGAGGGUGACAGAGCCCUGGAACAGGCUGCCCAGGGAGGUUGUGGAGUCUCCUUCUCUGGAGAUCUUCCAGACCUGCCACCCUGUGCGCCAUGCCCUGGGUAUCACUGCUGGAGCAGUUGGAGUGGGUUGGACUAAAUGAUCUCUAGAGGUCCCUUCCAACCUCAGCUGUCCUGUGAUUCUGUGAAAUACUGGAAAUAGGCAGCUGUUGCCUUGCAGGGAAUGUACAGAAAACUUGAAAUGCAGAUGGAAGGCGCUUAAUUUAUUGGCAGCCUAUUUUGCUGUUAUUGUAACAGUCCUGCUGCUCUCGGUGUGCUGAGGCCAGACACAGCUGUAAUUAUGCCCUGUUUGCCCUUUCGUCACUAUUAUUUUCAGUUAACUCCAGAAGUUGGCUACACAAAAUAGUUUCAGUUCUGGUAGCAUUGUAUGAGACCCUCCAAAGAGAUGCCAAGAACAUGGGGUGGAAAAAUCGAUACCAACCCCCUGCUAAGAGUCCUGCUGUUGCUGUAGUGCCGGGGCUGGUGCUGCUCUUGAGGGACAACUUGCUCCUAACCUGUCCUUGUCCUCACCACAGUGUGAUUCAAAAUAUGUCCAAAUGCGACUUGUCGUGUGUGUGGGAACACACCUUGGGAGCCUAACUGACUAUGGUAGGCCAAAGUGUUCAUGAAAGAUCAACAUUUAAUUCCAUUUUUGGCUUAUUAAAGAGCUUAUUUGGAAGAAAUCAUAGAAGUGAAGUAAUUCAAUUCAGGCAUAUUUGUUAUUGUUUGUAUUUGUGUUCCAGGGAGGCCUGUUUGUACCAGAGCAAAGCUUCUGUUGGGAAAGCUGAUGGUCUGAUUUUUCUCUGUUAAGAUUUUCAACUUUGCUGUUUCAGAUUUUUUCAGUCUGCAACUGGGCAUGAGCCAUUCACCUGCAUGUUACAAGAAAAAAUACAUUUCUGAAU